UGUGCAACGUCAAGCGCGUCCCUCAUACCAAAGUGAGUAGUUUUUGGAAGCUGAACUGUGCAUAACUCUCACAGACAAAUCUUUGGGUAGCAAGGACUGCGGCCUGCACAGUACAGUUUACAGGAUGGAGAAAUCAAUAUGGAGAGGAUGUUUGGCAUGCAUGGCCUUCGCUGUGACCUUUUCUUUGACCUCAGCACAAGGAACCUGUUACUUCGCGGAAGUGCCCGGCAACAACACCGUCUACCUUGACACCUACUCCGGCAAGAUCAUGCCAUGUGCUAACGGGACUGUGUUCAACGUCAAGACAUGCACGUGUGUGCACGGAGAAAACACAUUUAAGUGGUGCAGACCUCGAUUUGCAAUGGAUUUUAACUCGAAGAUAAUGAAGAACAAGGUGAUACGUUACAAUAUUGGCGGUGGCGAAACCCUGGAUCUGUACGAGGGAUUUGCUCACUUCACCCCCAGCUCCUCCGCCAUCUUCUGGACGUUUGAAGACCGGCCCUUUGACCCAAAUCUUCAGGUUCAGAUGAGAUUUAAGGACGACCCUACAUCUAAGGCAAAGAAACAGGUUCUGCUCACCAACUGUGAUGCCAAAGACCCUCCUGGACAACCCUCUCUCCUGAUCUUGUUAGACAAGACACAACGGAAUCAUGGCAGGAAAGAUCUCGUGAGAGUUCGCGUGAGAACUUACAAUAUGUCACAAGGUGUGGAGGUCUCCGUGCCGUUCAAGUCGGGGGGAGUUCAACACUCUGGUCGUCUUGAAGGCAAUGGACGCGCUCAGCGUCCGGAUAGACUACGAGUUUGGCGGUCGCACCAUCAACAGUAACAGACUGAUCGGUGACCUCGUGAAGAGCAAGAGUGCUUUGCGUCUUGGUUCGUGUGCCGGGCAACACAACGGCUUCGUCGGUGUCAUGGACUGGUUCGAUUACUAUCCCUGUUGGCCAAAAGUUUAAAGAAGGGAGACAACUGCUGUACUCUCAUCACAGCCGCACUUGUACUGAUCACAUUUCAGUCUCAUUUCAACAACACAAACCUGUCGUGUGCGAGACGAUUCCACCUUGCCAUUCCGUUUUCUUUGAUCAAGGAGUGUUUUACCAACAUAAAGAAAUAUUUUCUCAGCUGAAACUCUUUCUUCAUCAGAUGUCCUUUACAUACAAUUGGAAUAAAGCAAUAUUGGUCACAG